AGGACCAAUAUUGCAUUUCUGACCAUUUACAAUAUUUUCGGCUAAAAACGAGCGCUAUGAUGUUUGGUUUUCUUCGGGAUUAGACGAGGAAACUGUAUCUUCUACAAGCUAUGAGUGAAGAAAAUGUGGAAUGUUUUAUCGUGGUGGUUUUACUUUCUUUACUUUCGCUAUUAAUCAUUUUUGGACACACUUUGAUGUUGAUUGUACUGUGGAAAGAUCCAUUCAAGAGAUUCCGUACAGCGGCCACCACAUUCGUUUUUGGAAUGGUGUUCGCUAACUUCUUUAGUGGUUUGGGUGCGGGUCCGCUUUUGUCGAUUGAGAUCAGCUCUAGGUAUGGAGCUUUAGAUCUUUCGGGUAAAGAAAUAUUGUCUAACGCUGGCUUCUUUCUAUUUUAUUGGACCACAAGCGUGUCGUAUCUGUCGAUGCUGGGUUUAUCGUUGUGUCAAUACAUUGGCGUGAAGAUGCCUCAUAAACAACAAGGCCUCGUCACCAAAAAGACAACAGGAAUUGCUCUCGCAAUCAUUACGUGUAGUUCCUUGUUUAUCCCUUUUUUGCUGGUGAUGGGAGUCUCUUUCUCAAUGGUAGAUGUAUUACAACUACACAUUGCAUUUCAACCCAGCAAUUUUCUUCUCUGUGCAGUUUAUGCCGCACUCGGGAAGGAAUAUCUGCGCCAGGUGAAACGCGCCAUAGAUUGUAUAAGCUCCAACGCAAGCUGUGUCCGCGUGAGAGACAGAAAUUUUACGCGAGCCAAUCUAUUAUUGCUUGCUACGGUUACGGCUCUUGGUGUGCCGAUAAUGAUUGUAUGGCACAUCUCAGUGUACGGGCAGAGACUAUUUCCCACGGAUAAGGGUUUACGAACAGCAUGGUCGACUACUAUCAUCAUAUUUUUCUUCAAAAUAGCUCUUGACCCACUUAUUUAUUGUUUAAGACUACCGGUAUAUCGAAGGGCGCUCAAACGCAUCUUUGAAUUUAGACAGCAUCGAGUAAGCGACGGCUGAUAAUCUCAUGAUGUACAACUCAACAUGGCGCUUACGUUCCGUGUCAUUAUUAUCUAUAUUUUUCAUUCCUAGAAGAAGGCCGCGUUGUGGUAUUAAUCUUCAUGAACGUCAUCAUUUAAAAUGCAAAAUCUUUUAUCAUUGAUUAGACUUCUCUGGAGGGAAACAGCAUAAUAAAUUUCAUUAACUCUCUAUGCUUGUUUGAAGGGUUUCUUCUCAUAAAAUCUCGCAAAAAAUAGUGCUAACCAGCCUUCCACAAGUAGUGUUUUGAUUUAUUUUAAAUUUUAUCUCUACACACAAUAUCGCCUUCAGAAUUGACUUAUCAGUACUGAAGAGGCUAUUAAGCAGUUAUACAGUUGAGAUUUCUUCUCAAAGUCUUUUAUCAUGAUGGAUUGUACACUAAUGGAGUCUGUGAAUAGGAGAUAGACGAGUCAUUUCCAAGAAAGGAACAUUUUCACGCACUGACGAUUAUUAUGUAAGAGUUUCGCACACAAAAGAUCAGUAUCUCAACUGUAGUAGAGGCUACUAAUAAAAAUACACUUAUGGUGAGUGCUUUUAAUAUGAAA